AUGCUGCAUAGGUUUAUCAGAGAUAGUUUUUUUGGGCGAACCGUUUAUCACUUGAGCCACAGGAAAUUUUUCAGACAUCCUGAAGAGCAAGAAGAUUACCAAAUACCUGAUUUUUACUAUCCACAUUGUUGCAAAGAAAAAGAUGUACCGCAAAGCAAUAGCAAACGUCCUGUUGGAGCGGAAGGAAUGCUGGAGCCUGCAUCUGUUCUAGGUCAAGGGAGCAAGCAGGCUUCAAGCUCAUCUCUUCAAACCGUUAUAGCGCCACAAUUUGACAGUGAGCUUUAUAACAGCAAAGAAUAUAUUAUUGUUGAUUGGAAUGGACCAGAUGAUCUUGAGAAUCCUCGUAACUGGUCGUGGUAUGCCAAGACAUUUUUCAUUGGCCAAAUAUCACUCUUGACGAUGGCGGUGUAUAUGGCAUCCGCUUUGUAUACGCCCGCAUACCCAGAUAUGAUGGAGGAACUAGGUUGGAGCGAGGUAGAACUAUCACUUGGUGUUUUCUUGUUUGUUUUAGGUUAUGGAAUAGGCCCGCUUUUUUGGUCGCCUUUAUCUGAAAACGUUGAAAUGGGAAGAACAUCGAUAUACAUCUUUACUUUAUUUAUUUUUGCUGUUUUGCAGAUUCCGACUGCCCUUACUACUACUGUAGGUGGAUUUUGUGUCUUGAGAUUCUUAGCUGGUUUUUUUGCUAGCCCUUGUUUAUCCACUGGCGCCGCUAGUGUAGCAGAUGUGACACAUCCAUGGAACUUGCCUCAAUCAUUGUCGGCCUGGUCGCUUGCUGCUGAUGCGGGCCCUUCAUUUGGGCCUUUUUUUGGUGCGAUAUUGACAGUGAAGGGAGGAUGGAGAUGGUGCUUUUGGUUUAUCUUGAUUGUUUCGGGAUUUGUGUUACUUAUUUUCAUAUUCUCCUUUCCUGAAUCUUAUGCACCAACAUUAUUGGCAAGACGAGCCAAGAGAUUGAGGGCCAUAACGGGUAAUGACAAGAUUACUAGUGUUGGGCUAUUGGAGAAUCAUCACAAAAAGUUUAAAGAGAUUGUUGUUGAAACAUUAUGGCGACCAAUAGAAAUUACUUUUAUGGAGCCCGUGGUGUUGCUCAUUGAUCUUUAUAUUGCUUUGCUUUAUUGUGUUAUGUACUUGUUCUUUGAAGUAUUUCCAGUAUAUUUUGUUGAUAACAGAAAUUUUACAACCAUCGAGUUGGGGUUGUGUUAUUUGGCCUUGAUUGUUGGUGUAUUUAUUGCCUUGCUGUUUUACAUCCCAGUGAUGCGUCAUUAUUUCACAAAACCAAUCAUUAGGGGAGAACAAGUCUACCCUGAGGUAUUUAUUCCACUAGCGAUUGUGGGAGGAGUGUUUCUUGCUGCUGGAUUAUUUAUUUUUGGUUGGUCAGCAACAACAUUCACUCAUUGGAUUGGGCCCUUGGUUGGAAUAGCGAUUGUCGGAAUUAGUGUAUUGUUAUUGUUUCAAACGUUAUUAAACUAUUUGGGAUAUUCAUUCAAGACCGAGUACCUAGCUUCUGUUUUUGCGUCAAAUAAUUUGGUGAGAUCUAUUCUGGCUUCUGUGUUUCCUAUAUUUGGCAAGGCUUUGUUUAACAAUUUGUCAAUCAAGGGCUAUCCAGUCGGAUGGGGUAUCAGUGUGGUUGCAUUUAUUGCAUUGGCAAUGAUUGCAAUACCUGUACUUUUUUAUUUGAAUGGGCCAAAGUUGAGAGCGAGGUCUAAAUACGCUAAUGAUUAA